GCAUGACACCGGCAGAUUAACUCGUCCUAGGAUCGGACGGCUGGCUCCUGUAGCAGUGGUGACCAUGGACGCGUACGGCUGAACAUUCCAGUUCAUCUUACUGGCCAACUCUCGGCAUCCUCGCCCCAGCAGACUAACGGAUGCGCCGGAGUCAGAAGGCCUUUAAAACUUGUCCACCGAUGACGUCGUCUACAAAAACUCGGGGAUCGGUGUUCUCCACUCUUCGAACUGCUUCCACGACUUGCCUCCUCGUUAUCCUUCGUCGACGAAAACGAGCGCGUGCCUUUAUGACGCGUUUCGUGGCCAGUGUCAUUCCUUCACACUGCCGCUCACCAAAAAUUCUAUUUCGGGCCGACAUGUAUGCCCGAACACGUUCUCCAUAUGGCAAGCCUCUUAGUGUUCUUCCUCUCUCUGAGGUCCUCAUCCUCUACUUGCUCCUGUUGGCACGCCACUCCGGCUUCUGGUCGGGUCUCGCCUCCGAACGCGUCUGCCCCAGCUUCAUCGCGUUCGCCCAGGUGUUUCCCGGACGAAACUAUGAUCAGGUUGCCGGCAGUUCCAGCAGAUCCGCUUGCUCGCACGCGGGUCUUCGCUGCCACCUCUUCCACUUCCGGGGAUGGACUCUCGUCGCGCUGAGGUGGGACUUCAACCUGAUAAACUGA